UACUUCACUGAGCUAUAAAACUGGAUGUGCCUGGGAUGGUUGGCAAAGCGGAAAAGACCGGAGUUGGAGCAAAAGUCGUAGGCUACAAUGGAGUUUUGCAUAUUAGCGCUGUUUACUCUUUUUUCCUCAUUUUACAACGUUUUGGCGUUGUCACCUAAAGCCGUGUGUCUCCUUCAAGUGGACGAGGGACCUUGCAGAGGAGAUAUUGAGCGCUACCACUACAACACUAUCACCCAAAAGUGCGAGAUUUUCUACUAUGGAGGGUGCCAAGGGAAUGCCAAUAACUUCAGGAGUUAUCUGGAGUGCCAGAAAACAUGUUUCAGAAUCCCAAAGGUUCCCCAAAUCUGCAGGUUUCCCAAAGAGGAGGGACCCUGCCGGGCCAUGUUUCGCAGCUACUUCUUCAACAUGACCACCAUGCAGUGUGAGUCCUUUUAUUACGGGGGCUGCCAGGGCAAUUCCAAUCGCUUCCAAGACCUUUCCUCCUGCAAGGAGUACUGCAGUCCACAUAAAACUGUCCCCGUGCUCUGCCUGGACCCUCUGGACAAAGGGAGGUGUUCAGCCUCCAUUCCUCGUUUUUACUACAACACAGCCAGCAAGAUGUGCGAGGAGUUCAUCUACUCCGGCUGCGGAGGGAGCAGCAACAACUUUGUCUCGAGGCAGAGCUGCAAGGACGUGUGUGCUAAAGGAGGGAAAAAACACACAGGCCAAAGAAAAGGCCGUCGCAUGAGACGGAAUAGAAAUAAUCGCAUCACUUUCUUGCAGGCGUAGACGUCUGAAACUCAGGGACUCUCGAUUGGACAAGCCCUCAAUGGAAACUAACAUUUAUUAAACUGAAUUAUUUUAAUGCCAAAAUGACGACUAGCUCUCCUUUGUUGUUACUGGAAGAGUUAUAGUGGCACAUACACUCAUUUACACUGUAUUUGUAUGCAAUGCUUUAUGAGCAAUUUCAAAUGUGAUUUCGAUGAAGUUUGUUACUACUGCACUUAUGUUCCCUGAUUGUGUGUUGUGACACUGUACAGUAUAUAUGUUUUGUAUGAGUAAUACAUUGUGACAAUGAACAUUUCAUAUUGUUUUAUAAGCAGAUGUUUUGAUAAAAAUAUACAGAUUUCUAUGAAGUAUUGUGUAAUUCUUUUGUACUUGUAUGCUGCUCAUUGUGUUAUUUUAAAAAUGUACUCAAAAUA